GCGCGGGCGGCUGCAGCCAUGGCCCGGAACGCGGAGAAGGCCAUGACAGCCUUGGCAAGAUUUCGUCAAGCUCAACUGGAAGAAGGGAAGGUUAAGGAGCGAAGACCUUUCCUUGCAUCAGAGUGUAAUGAACUGCCUAAAGCUGAGAAAUGGAGGCGACAGAUCAUUGGGGAAAUUUCCAAGAAAGUGGCACAGAUUCAAAAUGCUGGGUUAGGCGAAUUCAGAAUUCGGGACCUGAAUGAUGAAAUCAACAAACUUCUGAGGGAGAAAGGACACUGGGAAUUCAGGAUAAGGGAGCUGGGAGGCCCUGAUUAUGCUAGAAUUGGACCUAAGAUGCUAGAUCAUGAAGGAAAAGAAGUUCCGGGAAAUAGAGGUUACAAAUAUUUUGGAGCUGCGAAGGAUUUACCAGGUGUUAGAGAACUUUUUGAAAAGGAACCUCUUCCACCACCCCGGAAAACUCGUGCUGAGCUUAUGAAAUCCAUCGAUGCAGAAUACUAUGGCUACAGGGAUGAAGAGGAUGGUAUUCUGGAGCCACUGGAGCAAGAAUAUGAGAAGAAAAUUAUAGCAGAAGCAGUGGAAAAGUGGAAAGCGGAGAGAGAGGCACGACUCGCGAGAGGCGAGGAGGAAGAGGAGGAGGAAGUAAAUAUCUAUGCUGUCAAAGAUGAUGAGUCUGAUGAAGAAGGUGGCAAAGUAAAAGAAGGUGAAGAAGGCCAACAGAAAUUUAUUGCACAUGUUCCUGUGCCAUCUCAACAGGAGAUUGAGCAAGCUCUUGUACGGAGGAAGAAGAUGGAGCUUCUUCAAAAAUACGCUAGUGAAACUCUUAUGGCCCAGAGUGAAGAAGCAAAAAGACUUCUAGGGUUGUAACAUUGCAUCAGUAUGUCCUGGUUUUUAUAUAAUCCAUCCUAGAGUAGUAGGUUCACAUAUUCUGCUGGCAGUAAUGCAUAUCUGAGAAGCUCCCUGUGGGUGCUAGGAAUAAGGGGUGAUAAGGUUAUGGUGACAUGUAAAAGGCAAAAGAACAGUUUGGUUUUGUAUUCUGGAAUUACUUGUUCUGCAGUAUUGAAAAAACAAGCCUCGAUUAAUUUGAUCUGUUUUCAGUAACUGUCUUUAACACAUUUACUUUGUGAAACAGUCUGUGUACUGGUGUAUCUUACUGGCAGUAAUUUUUUAAAAGCUGACGGAAAUCUGCCUGUUGCUCCUCUUCCCAGUUUCUCCAAAAUACUAUAAUUGUACACAUAUUUAUCCUUUUAGUUAUCUUUAGCCCAGGUCACCAGAACCCUUUUUCUUAGUUUACAACCUGUUUAGAGAUAGUUUGGCAGAUCUCAUGAAUGACUCCGAAGUUGAUUUGUUUUAUUUCUUUAUCUGACAUUCUUUAUCUGAUGCAUUUCUAUGCUGCUAUGUAUAAAAGUUGUUGCCCUUUUAUUAUUUGUAGCUGUACCWAGUUGGAUUGCUCAAGUACUGAAUAUUUUAGCAGCUAUUCAGCUAUUGUAAAUACUUUCCCAUUUGUCACCUUUUUAAGUAAGAUAUUUUUAGUAAAUCUUUUAUACAAAUAYAUGUUUUGUUUCAUUCUAGCUCAAAAGAUGUUUUUUUUUCUUUAACUGUAUCCAAAAAAUAAGAACCUAAAUAGGUAUCUGUGUGGGAUUGAACUCUGGCAUCCCCCAUUGUUCUCAGCCUGAGUAGUGCGAGAAGAACUGUUUAGGGUCCUAUGGAUGACUAACUUUUUUCUACAGAUACAAAUGAAAUUUUAAAUAAGAAAUGAGCAGCAAAGAGCAGAAGUGUUAUCUAAAGAAAACAAUGUUUAACUAAGCAGCCACAUCUGGAAAAAUCUGGUGUUUCUAGAUGCUCUUCAAUAUUGGUUUUUAUCUUUUGUAAAUCUGCUGUAGAACCGUGAAAUCUUUGAAUUACUGUGACAGGCUCUGUCUUAUUUAAUGUGAAUKAUUAUCCAAAAAGGCCUUGAAGCUGUCGGAAACAUGGCUACCAACUUUGAGGCUUAAACACCAGAACCAAGCCCCAAACUGGAGCAUUGACAGUAAGCAGGUAAUGAAUAUUACAGACACUUGUAAUCUAAACAUUUACUUGCUUUGUGAAACCCUUGACUUAGUAAUCAUGUAACAAACUAGUACAUCUCUCAUUCAGCAUAAUGUUUUAAAUGUGCUCUGAGAUGCAAGUUUUCUCCUAAAUUGUUUUCUGUUUUUGCUUCUAUCCCUUGAUUCUUUUCUGUUCUUGAAUUCCACAGAAUUUGUGGAAGGUGGUAGGCUUUCUUGUGUUCUUUAUGUUGCUGUAAAAGAGAGGUCUGUUUUCCUGGAACAUAUUUGGCCACCAGGAAUGAAGGAAUUGGCUCCC